GGCGGGGGGGGGGGCGGCAGCGGCGGCAGCACCCCCGGCCCGGCCCGGCCGCGCCAGCCCCCGGCGGUGUUUCCAUGGCGCCGGGCGGGCGGGGGAGCCGGGGCUGACGACCCCGCCCGCUCAUGGACCCCGCCGAGGAGGAGGAGGGCAGGGAGAAGCCCCCGGUGAUCUACACCAUGGAGAACAAGCCCAUCGUGACCUGUGCUGGAGAUCAGAAUUUAUUUACUUCCUUGUAUCCUACACUUUCUCAGCAGCUUCCUAGAGAACCCAUGGAAUGGAGGAGGUCUUAUGGCCGUGCUCCGAAGAUGAUUCACCUGGAAUCCAACUUUGUUCAGUUUAAAGAGGAGCUACUACCCAAAGAGGGGAACAAAGCCCUUUUGACUUUUCCCUUCCUUCAUAUUUAUUGGACAGAAUGUUGUGACACGGAAGUGUACAAAACCACAGUCAAGGAUGACAUCACCAAGUGGCAGAACGUUCUCAAAGCUCACAGCUCAGUGGACUGGCUGAUUGUGGUGGUUGAGAGUGAUGCCAAGAAAAAGAACAAAACCAACAUCCUUCCCCGAACCUCUAUAGUAGAUAAAAUAAGGAAUGACUUCUGUAACAAGCAAAGUGACAGAUGUGUGGUACUUUCUGACCCUUUGAAAGACUCUUCCCGUUCUCAGGAAUCUUGGAAUGCCUUCCUGACCAAACUCAGGACAUUGCUUCUCAUGUCCUUUACCAAAAACUUAGGCAAGUUUGAAGAUGACAUGAGAACUCUGAGAGAGAAAAGGACUGAGCCAGGGUGGAGCUUCUGCGAGUAUUUCAUGGUCCAGGAGGAGCUGGCCUUUGUCUUUGAGAUGCUGCAGCAGUUUGAGGAUGCCCUGGUGCAGUAUGAUGAGCUGGAUGCCUUGUUCUCUCAGUAUGUUGUCAACUUUGGGGCUGGUGAUGGUGCAAACUGGCUGACGUUUUUCUGCCAGCCUGUGAGGAGCUGGAAUGGUUUAAUUCUGCGGAAGCCCAUCGACAUGGAGAAGAGAGAGCUGAUUCAGAACCAGGAGGCCACGCUGCUGGACCUGCGCAGUUACCUGUUCUCCCGGCAGUGCACGCUGCUCAUCUUCCUGCAGAGGCCAUGGGAGGUUUCCCAGCGAGCACUGGAGCUUCUUCACAACUGUGUGCAGGAGCUCAAGCUGCUGGAAGUCUCAGUUCCUCCUGGAGCUUUGGAUUGCUGGGUGUUUUUGAGUUGCUUGGAAGUCUUACAGAGAAUAGAAGGCUGCUGUGAUAGGGCUCAAAUAGAUGCAAAUGUUUCCCACACAGUUGGCCUGUGGAGCUAUGCCACGGAGAAGCUGAAAUCCCUGGGUUACCUGUGUGGACUUGUGUCAGAGAAGGGACCCAAUUCAGAAGACCUGAACAGGACUGUGGAUCUGCUAGCAGGGCUGGGAGCAGAACGCCCUGAAACAGCCAAUGCAUCACAGAGCCCUUACAAGAAACUCAAAGAGGCCUUAUCAUCUGUAGAAGCUUUUGAAAAACACUACUUAGAUCUGUCCCAUGCCACCAUUGAAAUGUACACAAAUAUUGGAAGAAUUCGCUCAGCUAAGCUUGUGGGAAAGGACUUGGCAGAGUUUUAUAUGAGGAAGAAAGGUCCCCAGAAGGCAGAGGUGUAUCUUCAAGGAGCACUGAAAACUUACCUUGCUGAGGGCUGGGCACUGCUGGUCACACACACGAGGAAGCAGCUGGCUGAGUGUCAGAAGCAGCUUGGGCAGAUAGAAAAUUAUCUCCAAACAAGCAGCCUUUUAGCCAGUGAUAAUCACUUAACAGAAGAGGAACGCAAAAAAUUUUGCCAAGAAAUAUUAGAUUUUACCAAUCAGCAAGCAGAGAACCAAGGUCAAAAGGUUCUAUUGCCUAUGCACUCCUUUGCCCAGCUGAAAACUCUGCAUUUUGACCCUCCAAAUGCAGUUGUCCACGUGGGUGGGAAGCUUUCCAUCGAGCUGACUCUGCUGAGCCAAAUGCCCAUCCCCGUCCAGGUGGAGCAGGUGGCCAUCCACGUCCACUUCAGCGUCGAAAAGAACAGCUACAGGAAAACAGCCGAGUGGCUCACCAAGCACAAAACCUCCAACGGCGUCAUCAGCUUCCCCAGCGAGGCCACGGGCUUGCCCUCAUCCAGGAGCAGCCUGCCAGCCCUGGAGCUGUGCGAGAUGUACGAGAGGAGCCCCUCGGACAACGCGCUGAACACGGCGGGGAUCAUCUGCAGGAACGCGCACAUGCUGCUGCGCCGGCAGGACAGCAGCGGCUCCCUGGACGCGCCCGCCGCGCUCGCCCUGGACGACGGCGCGCACGUGCUGAGGUGCACCAACGUGACCCUGCACCCAGGGGACAACAAAAUAACCUUCAACAUUCAGGCCAAAGAACCUGGGACAUACACGCUCAGGCAGCUGUGCACUUCAGUGGGAAAGGUGCAGUUUGUCCUUCUGCACAUCUACCCCAUCGUGCAGUACGAUGUGUACUCCCAGGAGCCCCAGCUCAAAGUGGAGCCCAUGACUGAAAGCCUCUUGGCUGGCAUUCCCCAGAAGGUGAAGUUCACAGUGACCACGGGUCACUACGCCAUGAAGAGCGGGGACGCUCUGCAGCUCAGCAACGCCGACGCCAUGCCCGUCCUGUGCCACCCCGAGAGCAAGGCUGUCAUCUACUCCAACACCAGGGAAAAGAUCUCCGAGUCAUCUUUAAGGAUUCAGUCUUCUGAGAAGAUCACAAGCAUCAGCCUGCCAGUGGCUCCUGCUUACCAUGUGAUUGAAUUUGAACUAGAAGUCAUGUAUUUGCCAUCAGCCACAGAAUCUGCAGUGCAGAAGGAAAAUACUUCAAAUAAAGAAAAUCACAGAAAAAACAAGGAGAAGCAGAAACAGGACAACUGCAUGGCUACUGUUGACCAAAAAGUGACCAUUGAUUGUCCUUGGUCGAUUUACUCCACUAUUAUUGCAUUAACAUUCUGCAUACCCUUUAAUGCCAAGCAUUCCCUGUUGUCAGCUGGCAAACGGAAAUAUGUGCAAGUCUGCGUACAGAAUUUGUCAGAACUCUGUUUCCAGCUUUCAGACUACAGCCUAAAAAAUUCUGCUGAGUGUACAGAUUUGCAGCUGGUACCUCUCAACCCUGCAUCUCAACAGGUCGUGUACAGUAAGCAAUCAAUAUUCUUUGUAUGGGAAUUGAAGUGGACAAAAGAGCUUCCUCUCUCCUUGCAGUGCCUGUUUUCAGUCAGCUUUUGUCCAGCUACCUCUGAAGAACAGUCUCUUACCUUGAAGCCGUUCACUUACGAAUUCCAAGUGGAAAAUUUUUUUACAUUGUACCAUGUGAAAAGUGAAAUCUUCCCACCCCUGGAUGCAGAGUACUGUAGAACAGGCUCCCUCUGCUCCUUAGAGGUGUCCAUCACCCGGCUUGUUGAGCUCUCCGAGGUUGACAGAGAUGAAGCAUUAACAGAAUCAGAUGGAUAUUGCACAACAAAACUUAUGUAUGAAGUUGUUGACAACAGUAGUAACUGGGCAGUGUGUGGAAAAAGCUCUGGAGUGAUUUCUAUGCCUGUAGCACCUCGAGCAACUCACAAAGUCCACAUGGAAGUGAUGCCACUGUUUGCUGGGCAUCUGCCUUUCCCUGAUGUCAGAUUGUUUAAAUACCUCCCUCACCAUUCUGCUCACUCCAUGCAGCUUGAUGCUGAUAGCUGGAUUGAGAACGAUAACGUGUCUGUGGACAAGACUGUGGACGAGCAGGCUGACAGCAGCAGCAUCAGGAGCAGGGGGAGCCUGCAUUCCACGGCCAGCGGGGAGCACAAGGGGCUGCCCAUGCCCCGCCUCCAGCCCUUCUCCCCGGGCCAGGUCUUCAACAGCAGCACUGGCAUGCAAAUCCUUGUCAUUCCCAGCAAGGACGACCACGUUCUGGAGGUCAACGUGACGUGACAGCUCGGAAAGGAGACCAGGAGCCCGUCAGGAACUGGAUCUGAAAGCACUUUAUGGGAUAAUGACCUGCUCAGUCUGCAACAUUCACUCCAAGGAGACCUGUGGCACUCGGCGUGUACUGGCCAUGGAAGCACCAGACAAUUGUAUCAAUUUCAAUGUACAGUGAGGCUUGUGUCAGCUAGUUUAUAUUGCCACUUUAGUAUGUUUUGUGUCAGCUAUUGGGUUUUCUCCCUGCAGUCACAUCCCUGCAUCACAACAACCAACAAAGGGCAACAAAAAGCAAAAAAAUCCAAAUCUUUGGACCACUUCUUUAUUUUUGUCCGGCAGCUGAGAGAUUUGUUUCAUGCUUCCUACAUAUUUUAGAAUGUAGAGUUGGAUGAUAUAAUUAUCCAAAUCUUGAAUUUUUAUGUAAUGAUUUACAGGCUUUUCCACACACGUGCCAGAAACAUAACAGAGCAUAAAACAACACAUUCACUGGUGUAACAGUUGCUUUUCUGGUUUGGUUUUAUUUUGUUUGUUUGUUUGAUCAUUGUUAAUUCCUGCCAUUGCAAUUUUAUAUUAAACUUCCAUCAUUUGCAUACUUAGAUGCAUGGAAGAGCUACUGCUAUAAACAAUCUUAACUGAACAAAAUUCCUUAAUUUUCUGAGGCUUUCUCCUUCACAGAGUAGACACUGUGAUGUCACAUAUUAUAUGAUUUUUUUUUUGAUGGGGGGUGGGCUUUGGGUUAUCCUCUUGCAUAUUUCUUACCAAAGAAAGAUAUUGAUAGAAUUUAAUAAUAAAUUAUUUGGCUUAUUGAGUUCCCAGAUUAAUUUCUUUUAUUACCAUUUCCAAGUGGCUUGGUUUGCUGCCCCAAUUUUUAAGUUGGGGCAAAAAUUUCAGUAUGAUGUGAUACUUGAACAGUCAACCUUUCAUCAUAAAGGCUUAGUGUAAUUAUUACUGAUUAGAGGCCAGACUUGUGCAUUCAUGAUGAAAGAAGGAGGUUGGUUUGAUACAGGAAAGCUUGCAGAUGUAGAAUAAUCGUGAAGCAAAGUUAAAACAUGUAACUUAAAGAAUUUCAUUAUUUAUAUCUGAAAUGUAAAUACAAAAAAUGUAAAAAAAAAAAAAAAGUGUAAUUUUUGUGAAUGUUGCAAAUUCACCUGUGACUGGAAAAAUUACAACUUCUUCUGAUGUCCUGCUUCUGAUAUUGAAACUUGUGCAUUUAAUGUGAGAAUGACCUUUUCUACUUGCAGAUCUAUAAUGGUGCGUUGUCAACAGACUCCACAGAGGAAACAGUCCCACGUCCAAUGCUUGUCAGCAAAACUAAAGUGAGGAGCUGCUCAUUAGACAAAUUCAUUGUUAUUAUUUUCUUUUCUUCUGCUAAACUACAAAGGGGAAAUAAAAAACAAACCCUCUUUCCCAAAAGAACCACAAGUAAGUUGAAAAAUAAAUAGGCACUGGUCUAAACAUUUUACUUUUAUUUUUUAUUUAAAAAUUCUAAAUAGAUGUAUAAAGUAGACCUGCUAGCUGAAAAUGUUCUUAUUAUGCAUCUUCUUUCUGUGAAGGAAUGCCCUUUCUCUGUGGAAAUCAUACCAUUUUAUUUUGGAUAAAACCCAAAGCAUCAUUUAGUGCGAAUGACUGCUGGGAUUCUUUGACUGGAAAAGGUAACAAGUUAGUGACUUUGACACUGCAGGUAUUAUUAAUUCCAUUUUCAUGGUUUGCUAUUAAAUCAUUUUUCACAUUGUUCUGUAAUAUACUGUUAGAUUAAACACAUUGUACUAAGAUUGUUUAAUGAAAUUGUAAGCGUUACAGUUCUAAAUAUACAUGUUUUAAAAAGAAA